AUGAAACUUGUUGUUGUUCUUUUACUUGUAGCAGCCGCUCUUUGCUUGGCGGUGUCAAAUGUCACAGCUCAAAACCUCAAUUUUACAAACUGUAUAAAUGUGGGUGGACAUUAUUUCCAAUGGGACUUCUUCAAAGGAAGCGAUAAUCUGGAUUAUAUUCGUGCUCGUUUGAUUUUUAAGAAUGGUUACAAUGGUUGGGCAGCUGUUGGUUUCAGAUACGGCAGAGACUAUUUAUUGCCCUACGAUCCAGAUAAUGGUGAACCAUUGGGUAAGAUGGGAAGUGUCAAGUACAAUUCUCACAUUUACUUGGGAUGGAGAAAUACAGUGACUGAUGCUCAUGGACUUUAUGAAUUUUUGGCAUCCGGUAAUGGUGUUCCAGGAAGUGCUCCAGGAAACUCUCUCAAGACUGCCAUCGUUCGUACAGGAGUUAAGGGAGACAUGCACAUUUACUUUGAGCGAAAGCUUGUGGUUUCUAGUGGUAAAAUGUUUGAUUUCAAUGCUUCUCGUACCGAUGCUGAUUUAUUGAUUGCUGGUUCGACCAUGUCAGCGAUUGGUCCCAAUGGUAUCGAUGAAACCAAUAUGCAUAAUUUUGCUAGACUUGUUCAAAUUAACAUUGCAAGUGCUAAAAGUGAUGGAUCAUGCGGAAAUGCUGUUUUAAACACCAUACCUGAUGCCAGACCUGUGAUUGUUCCAAGUACUCCAGCUCAGCCACAAAAUCCUCAACAAGAAGCAUCUGUCACGAGUCGAGUGGCAUUUGUGAUUUACUUGUUGGGUUGUGCUGUUCUUGCUCUCUUGAUUGGCAAGUUUUAA